AUGGCAGCAUUUAUAUCGUACUCAUUUCCAAGUCCGACACUAGUGAAAUCUUCUCCAUCUCCAAAUCAUUCUUCUUCAUCCUACAGGUUCAAAAUGUCGUCCUCAUCCAGUCCUGCGCUGCCUCCUCUCCCUGAAAAUCGCGUUGUUUUGGGUUGCGGAGCAGUGUCGGUUGAUUUUUUGGCAGCAGUGGCUUCUUAUCCGAAGCCAGAUGAUAAGAUUAGAAGCACCAGCGCCAAGAUUCAAGGAGGUGGAAAUGCAGGAAAUGCAUUGACUUGUGCUGCUCGUUUGGGGUUAAAUCCAAGGCUGAUUUCCAAGGUUGCUGAUGACUCUCAAGGUAAAGGAAUAUUGGAUGAACUAGAGGCUGAUGGUGUUGAUUCAUCGUUUAUUGUGGUCUCUAAAGGGGGCAAUUCACCAUUCAGUUAUAUAAUUGUUGACGAUGAAACGAAAACUCGAACUUGUAUUCACACUCCAGGAUACCCUCCCAUGAUACCUGAUGAUCUAACAAACUCGAAAUUGUUAGCUUCACUGGAUGGAGCAAAACUAGUCUAUUUUGAUGGAAGACUACAUGAAACUGCUCUAGUUAUAGCUAAAGAGGCAACUCGCAGGGGCAUUCCUAUUCUGACUGAGGCAGAAAGGAAGAGGGAAGGGCUGGAUGAUCUUUUGAGUUUAUCUAGCUAUGCUAUAUGCUCAGCAAAAUUUCCACAGGCUUGGACUGAGGCUCCAUCUGUCCCUAGUGCACUUGUAUCCAUGCUUUUAAAAUUGCCAAGUAUCAAGUUUGUGAUCGUCACAUUAGGUGAAGAGGGCUGUCUAAUGCUAGAGAGGUGUGUGAGUGAAAAUGUUCAGUCUGAAGAAUUGGAUGUGGAUGAUUUAUUGGAGAUACUGAAGCACAAAAAGGAUAAUAACACAACCAUACCUAUAUGCAUACCAUCGGGCGUGGCAAAAUUGCAUGCAAAGGGGAUAGGAACUGUCAGUGGCAGGAUGCUUUUGGGAACAGCUGAGAAGAUCCCACCCUCGGAACUUGUUGAUACAACUGGUGCUGGUGAUUCAUUCAUUGGAGCAGUUGUUUAUGCUAUUUUUGCCAACAUGCCUCCAGAAAAGAUGUUGCCUUUUGCUGCUCAAGUGGCUGCAAUUGGGUGCAGAUCUUUGGGAGCCAGAACUGGUCUUCCACAUCGCUCAGAUCCUCGAUUGAUGCCUUUUUUACAGUAG